AUGGCGCCUCCGCCACUCAUUCAUGCUUCCUGCCGGACUCCCGCUAAAUUCCUUCCUUGCCUUCCCCUUCGCGUCCCUGCAGCUUCCCCGCGCGGACGGCGCAUCACAACAGCUGGGGGAUCCCUCCGCUUGCCCGUUGCCGCUGCCGCCGUCACCGCUCACCGCCGCUGCAACGCCUUCCCCUCGCCAACAGCAGUCGCGCUGUCCGCCGCGCGACCUCUCGCUUCUCCGGCGACCCCGCGGGCCGUUCGCGCCCGCGCCGCAUCCGCGCGCCUCUCGUCGCCCUUCACCCGCGCCCCGUCCUCUCUCCGCUUCACCAAGCGCGCGUGCCAGCAGCUCUCCAACCCCCACCUCUUCCCCGUUCCUUCACCUUCGUUACUCAAUUCCUCCCGCCGAACCUCCCGCGUCAGCAGGUCUGGCCGCGUCUUGCGGCCCGGCCGCGCACGCGCUCUCCUCGCCCCCUUGCUCGCCGCCAUCGGCGUUUCCUUCGCUGCCGUCCUCGCCGCGCUUCCGGCUGCCCUGACGGCCGUCUUCGCCGCGCUGCCGGCUGCCCUGACGGCCGUUUCCGCCGCUACAACCGCCGUCGCAUCGAACGCGACAGUCUCGUCGGUAGCACUCCCGCUGCUACAGCUUCUGGCGGGCGUGGGGGGCGCAGUAGGAGUGGUCACUCUGGGACUCAUCUGGACCGUACUGGACCGUUUGUUCUGCCUUAUCCUUCUCCUCAACUUCGCCGCGGGUCUUUUAAGCAUCGCGCGGGACUCGUACCGGCUGAGCCACGCGCGCCGCCGCAGCCUGCAGGACCCAACGCUCGUGACGAUAUGGGCCGCGGAGCGCGACGAGCGCGACGCGGACGACGGGAUCAGUGAGGGCAUGGCAGCGAGUGCGAGGAGGAUUUUUCUAGACACAGGCGACCCGCGGUUUGACUGGUUCGUGCCGGGGGUGGUGAGCCUGAUCCCCGGAGUGAACGGCGCGGCAUGGGUGCUGGCAUCAUGGCACUCGUCGCCCUUCCUCUCUCGCGGCCUCAAGAGACACCUCGCCUUAAACGCUGCUGUCUACGGGCUGCCUGGCCUUGCCUCCCUCCUGAUCUUCGCCCUCGGCGUCCCCUCCCCCACCUCCCUGCUCCUCUCCCCGUUCUCCUCCCUCGCCUCGGCCAUCCUCUCGCCGUUCAGCCAAUCAGCGGCUGCCACUGCAGCAGGAUCAGCAGCAGCGGCGGCAGCAGGGGGGGUGACGGUGGUGGGGUACGGGAGCAGCAGUGCGUGGUGGGUGAGUGUGGUGCUGGGGGCGGUGCAGCUGCAGCUGGAGCGAGUGCGGGCUGUGAGCAUGCAGGAGAGCCGGCAGGUGCUCAGAGCGUUUGGGCGUGGGCUCAAGAGAACGAGGGAGAGGCGACUAGGACAGAGGAAAUGGAUGGACUGGGGAGUGGAGGAGGAGGAGGAGACGGAGGAGGAGGAGGGGGUUGAUAGGGAACGGGAGGGGCGGUAUGGCGAGAAUGGGAGGUUGGAGGGAGUAAGUGCGGCCAUGGGAGGGGCUUCUGGAGGUGGGCGAGCAGGGGGUGCUGGCAAGGAUGGGAAUGCUCCAAGGGGUAGCAGCGGCAAUAUCAUCAGCAGCAGCAGCAGCAGGGGAGGUGGGGACAUGUGGAUGGAGGCAGAGGAGCGCAGGCGCCUGCAGGAGUUUGAUGCGAAGCUCAUGGGGAGGCCUCUGCAGCAAAUGGGUAUGCCGUUGCCUAGCAGCCAUGCACAGAGUGGUGAUAGCGGUGACAGUGGGCCUCCAGCAGCAUGGACAACGGAUGACGUGGCAACAUGGCUCACAGCAGAGGGCUUUGCCUGCUAUGCACAGGCCUUCCUUCGCCAUGCUGUCUGUGGCCAGGUGCUGUUGGAGCUGACAGCAGAGGACCUGAGGGAUGACUUGGGGGUGCGCACGCUAGGCGACAGGAAGAGGCUGCUCGCAGCCAUUGCACAGCUCAGACUGUGGUUUGGCACAGGGCAAUCGUGA